UGGCUCUGAAGCACCGCUGCUGCGGAACGGUUCGUUAUAGGUUUCAAUCUCACGUUCAAAUCGUCCAGCGGACGCAGCCACUUCAUUUCAUCACUGAAUCUGUCGUCUCAACCUGCAAUCACGGUUCGCGCUACUAUCUGUUCUGAUACACUGCUCAUCCUCGACAUGCCAAGGACGUGUGCGGACAAUUUUGCUUGUAUCUUCAUUCAGCACUGCCUUCACUUGUAUGGGAACGCUGGCACCAUCGCAACGCUCUCAUCACUCACUUGAUGGACGGCUAGUAAAGAUAUCGAUGGUUCCUUCAUAAGUGGAAGCGCGGGAGGCAGCGAGCUGCAAGCCCCUCCCCACUGGCCCUCCUCUGUAUCUUCACCCCAAUCUCAAUCACUUCUUCAUAAUGGGCUGCAUCCAUAGUCGGCAAAGGAAGAUUUUUCUUGACGACUCUUCGGCUCCAUUCUUGCCAAUGAGCGGCCUGAGCAGCCCGGCAUCGCAGUGCACGCCCAAAAACCCUCCUUCGCCGGUGAUACAGGGAGAGCCGGCGCCAUGGGUGUCUGGGCAUAGGGUGCUCACCACCUUUGAUGGUCAAUAUAUCAUUGCGGAGCCUUUCGGCACAUAAUAGUCGCGCCGGGUUGGAGUCUCUUCUACGCUAUCAGUCGCUCCUUCCCCUUCUCGCAUUUCGGUUGUCUUGCUGGACUCGGUCAUAUUUAUUCUCU